AUCCCCCUGCCUCUGCUUCCUCAGUGCUUGGAUUACAGAUGUUCACCCCGGCACCCACUUGACCCUACUCACCUUCAUGUGAACUUUGUGAUUUUGUUUCUCUCGGGUAAACAGUAGUGGGAUUUCAGAAUCACUGGCGAGGUAAAUACUUAGCUUUAUAAAAACCCCCAAACCGUUUUUCCAAAUGUCAGCUCUUUCAGCUUCCUGCCAGAGUGAAACUUCCAGUUCCACAUCCCCGUUACCACCCAGUGGGUCAGCCAUUCCAGUGGGUGUGUGGUGGCGUCUCUCGGCCUUCUCACUUGUAUUUCCCUGGUGACUAACGAUGUCUAAUGCAGCUUCACCUCCCGCUGACUGGCCAUUAGUGCCUCUCCUUCGUGAAGUGUCUAUUCGAAACUCUUUCGGCCGCUCAGAGCGAGAACCCGACCCGCCAUCGGGCCUGGAGACGAGCACGCCUGCUCCUGCGGCCUGCUCCUGUGGCCUGCUCAUCUUCUGUGGCCUGCUCCCGUGGCCUGCUCCCGCGGCCUGCUCCCGCGGCCUGCUCCCGCCGCCUGCUCCCGCCGCCUGCUCCCGCCGCCUGCUCCCGCCGCCUGCUCCCGCCGCCUGCUCCCGCGGCCUGCUCCCGCGGCCUGCUCCCGCGGCCUGCUCCAGUGGCCUGCUCCUGCGGCCUGCACCCCCACAGUUGUAAAGGCAUUACAAGAUGUUGCUCCUGAGCUGGUCGUGGGGUUCACUCCUUAACAUUGGUGUAUGGAUGUUAAAGUAUGAGGACUGUGGGCUCAAAGCCAGCUGAGAUACAUAGAGUCCUGGGCUAUCCUGAGCUACGUGGUGUGACUGUGUCUCAGAAAGGAAGGGAGAAAGG